AAAGAUUUAAUGAUUAAAUGUUAUUCCCUGAAUUCACCAUCCAUCCAAGAUUUACCGGAAUAUCGUCUGCAUCUAGAGUCUGAGGUUCGUGUACUUACUUCUAGUCAUUUACUUCACUUUUCCUACCUCUCUCUCAAUUUCAACAACGGAUUUCACACCACUAAAUUUCAAUUUACUUGAGUUCUUAAACAUUUUCAACCAAUUUGAUCGAUUUGCUAUCUGCAGAGUUCAGUAGAAGAACGACAAAUAUGGAUGCCAUCGUUACUCAGAUUCAGAAGCUGACCGCAAACGCGGAUGAGGCUGCCCGCAAGAAGUUGAUAGAUACUUUGCAAACCCUCCAGUACAACAUCGAGACUCCUUAUGAUACACUUCAGCGAUUCGCAGGAUUACACCUUCAAAUCUCCGCUGCUCGUAUUGGUGUCGAUCUAGGUAUCUUUAAUGCUAUUCAGGAGAGCAAAGAUCCGAUCAGUGUCGAAACACUAGCUCUGAAGACAAAAGCGGCUCCAGAGCUCUUAGGCCGUAUCCUACGUUAUCUAGCCUCAGUUGGACAAAUUAAGGAGACUAGCAAGGACCACUUCAGCUCAAGCUCUACUACUCCUGUCCUGGCAGACAAGAACUAUCAGGGUGGAAUUCAUCACUUCUUCGAUACCGUGGGACCUGUUCUACAGCAGCUGCCUGACUUCCUCGCCGAGACGAAGUAUCAAGACAUAACUGACAAUAGCAAGACGGCCUUACAGCCAACUUUCAAAACUGAUCUUCCGGGAUUUAUCUGGUUCCCAAAGCAACCUCAGCGCUUUGGUUACUUCCAGCAAGUCAUGACAGUCCAGCGUGCUGGUGCUGUGACUUGGCUAUCGGCUUUUCCAUCCAGACAGGAGUUAGGAGACUUUCAAAACAAGCCCGUAUUUGUUGACAUUGGCGGUGGCUUUGGUCACCAGUGUAUUGCAGUCAAGGAGACAUUCCCAGAACUUUCUGGAAAGCUUGUGCUCCAGGACCUUCCCCAAACCCUGGAACACGUUCCUGAAAUUAAUGGCGUUGAGAUUAUUGUACACAACUUUUUUGAGCCACAGGUUAUUAAAGACGCUAAAUUCUAUUACCUCCGCAAUAUUUUACACGACUGGCCAGAUGACAAGGCAGUUAUCAUCCUUAGAAACCUCAUACCAGCUCUAGGUCCAGACUCACGCAUUCUUAUCGAUGAUAUGGUACUCCCCAAUGAGAAUGUCCAUUGGCAGGCAGCCCAAUUGGACCUUACAAUGAUGUCCGCCCUUGGUUCAAAGGAACGUACCGAGGAGCAGUGGCGCUCUCUGAUCGAUGCCGCUGGCUUGAAAAUCCUCAAGAUCAUUCCAUAUACCAUGCCAUUAAAUGAUUCCAUCAUUAUGGUUGUUCCGAAGUAGGGCAGGGUACAUAUUACAUGAUACCUUUGCGUAUUGCCUUAGCGUGUGAAUCAUCAUUCAAUCACUCUACAAUUC